AUGUCAGCCAAGGCGUUCGCGAUCAUUGCAGGGGUCGGCCCAGGGACGGGAAGAUCUGUUGCAAAAAGGUUUGCAAAAACCUAUCCGGUCGUUCUGUUGGCACGAAAUCCUGCCAAUUACGAAGAUGUCGCCCGCGAGAUUAACAGCGAGGGUGGAAAAGCCAUCGGGGUCAGCGCAGAUUUGUCCGAGGCCAAAAGUGUUCAAGCGGCGUUCAAGCAGAUUAAUGACAUGUUUGGGAGUAUCCCGCUCGCAGCAGCCGUCUUUAAUCUGGGCGGGGGCUUCGUGAAGAGACCAUUCUUGGAAUUGACAGAGGCAGAGUUUGAACAAGGAUUUAUUACUCAUGGGAAGGGCGGGUUCCAUUUUGCCAAAGCAACCCUGCCCUUGUUACUGAAGUCUACCGAGCUGACAUCUCCACCAACUCUCAUCUUUACCGGAGCAACUGCCAGUUUGAAAGGUGGUGCUGGUCUAGCGACAUUCGCCGCAGGCAAGUUUACGCUACGCGCGUUGGCUCAGUCGCUGGCGAGGGAAUUCGGCCCACAGGGUGUUCACGUCUCUCAUGUCAUUAUUGAUGGGAUGAUUGAUACGCCGCGGACGAGACAAUUUGUUCUAGAGCAUCCGGAUGCGAAACUGAAUCCUGAUGCAAUUGCCGAAACCUAUUGGAAUCUACAUCAACAGCCACGGACAGCGUUUUCAUUUGAGUUUGAACUUCGUCCGCAUUUGACUGAGGUGGAAAACAGAGUUCAAAUGCUGGAGAUGGCCCUGGACAGGCUGUUUCCGGCUGGAGAAGUAGAUUCCGUCCUCCGACUGGUACUAAACGGUGAUCUACCUCAGGACAAAGGGCAUACGCUACAGGAUUGCGUGGAGAAAACGCAGCAUGCGAGUGACUUUUCGUUGAGUUCUACGAGCGAGGAGGCGCCCUCAAAUAACCCCCUGGAGCUGUCGCCCGCCGCGCAAUAUAAUGGCGUAGAUACACUCCUUGGAGUGUUUGGGCAGCCGGUUAGGCCAGACGAGAUAAAGUCUGCAAAGGAAGACACACGGCUCGUGGAUUGCUAUUUUAGCACCUACCACACGAUGUAUCCCCUUGUGCACGAGGCGACCUUCCGUUCUGAGCUUGAGAAUCCAACGCUACGAUCUAAUUCCAGCGCCUGGCCGAUCCUCCGUGACAUGGUCCUAGCGUUUGGUGCCUGGCUGAGCCCAGAGGGACCCGAGACCUAUGCAAAGUAUAAUGACAGGGCCAAGAGCCAUCUGAAGCGAGUAUCCAUCUUCACAGGAGCCAAUUUGUCCAUGGUGCAGGCGCUGGUGCUGCUAAGCGAUUUUGCCCAGAGACAGGGGAGCCCGGACGAGAGCCAACAAUAUUCAGGAAUGGCGAUACAGAUGGCGGUCAACCUCAACUUCUACCGGGAACCCGAUCAGCAAAGUCCUCCGCGCUCCUUGCUCACUCAGGAAAUGCAGCGACGGGUCUGGUGGUCAGUCUACUGCUUUGGGAGUUGCUCGGCUAAGAUGUACGGACGGCCGUUACUACUUCCAGAAGACAGUUUGAUCACGGUCAACCUUCCAUCCAACAUCAAUGACUCGGAAUUAACACACUCAUCUAGAACUUGGCCUGCAGAGGCAGACGGACCUACCAUCUAUUCGGGCCUGAUACAGCAGUCCAGCUAUCACCGCAUGGCAAACAGCCUGUAUCGCACUAUACUGGAACGGCCAACCGUUACGUCGCACGAAAUUCAUGCCCUUAAGAGCAAAAUUGACGAGUGGCACAAUGCUUUCCCAUACUGCACGCAGCAUAGUGGCAUCAACCCCGUACCGGACUGGUACAUUGCUUCUCGCAAUCGUCAGAUGCUUUGCGAUAGAAGUCUUCGACUCCUCAUCCAGAGACCGCUUCUUCUCCGGUGGCUGAAAAUGAAAUGCCAUACCACGCUUGAACCAGUGGCAGAGGAUCCCUCAGCAGAGCGACAGUGUCGUUUAGAAGGGCUGCAAUUUGCACGCGUCACAAUUGGAAUUAUAGCAGACCUCAUAAUGAGUAGGCAGUACUCUGCGUUGACUCUCCCAUUUGUCCUAUACUCUCUCUUACACGCUUUGCUCGUCCCAGCAAUUCAUCUCAAGGCCGAUCCGUCCUCCCUGGAAUCUAUAUCUUGUCUCCAAGACUUUGAAACUGUACGACAGGUAUUGUUGGUUAUUCCAGUCGAUAAAGAUGCUCUAGCCUCUUCAUUCCUCACCGUGCUUGAUCGUCUGUGUUCGUUUGCCAACCCGGACAAACUGGAUGCCGAAGUCAAUCACACAAACCCAGAAACAUACUCACCCUAUAAUUUCCAGCUCCUAUCAAGCAACAUCUUUGGAAAUGAAGAGAUGAAGGUUCUGGAAAGUGCAGCCUCAAAACGUCCGCUCGCUGUCAACUUUUCAGAGUGGCUGCAAUAA